UAUCACGAUCGCGUUAUCUCAGCGUACUGAAUCACAAAUUCACUACGCGUUCCAUCGUGCAUACGGCAAGGCCCAGUGUUUCUUAAAAAACUCCAUUAAAAAAAACAAGAAUUAUUUUUUUUUAAAUCAACGACAAAGGAAUCAAAAAUGAGAACAAAAAGUAUCGUGUACUACCUCGCCAUAGGGCUGUUGAUAAUGGGCAUCUUCAUGGAGGAAGCAGAAGCCAGACGUAAGAUUCUUCGUGGCAGGAAGACCAUCACCAGACAUUAUUACAGAGGCACAGCCAUCCCUGCAUGGGCAAUAGUUCUUGUCGCAGGUAUAGGAAUGUUAAUAGUUGGCGGGGUACUUUACGCACUUCUGAAGAAAUUCCUCAUCGAUGUAGCGGAUUCAAACGACGCCCGUGCUUAUCAACCUGCCAUGCAAGACGAGGUUUAAUUGACCUCAUUCUAUUUAAUAUACUUGUAUCAAUCAUUCUAUUCGAUUCAUUUCCCAAAAUUGUAUGAGAUGAAAUCUGUUCUAUCCAAUACAAUAAAUGACGUAUUAAUUUUGUUUUUUACAAAGACA